UCCACAUCCUUCUCUUACUACCUCCAUCUUGCUCUGCUUGAUACCGCCCGACACGGCAUCCUACUGCCAAGCUCUUCUAGUUGUAGUGUUCAGCGCAAUCACAUAAGGACUUCGCUCAGCGUUCAGUUGCUGUCCGCGCUAGUUUGUCAUUCUCGAACUUUCUGCAGCUGGCGUUUUCAUCUCCCUCCUCAUCAGAUAAUGACUCACAUAAUGAUAUUUCUGCCUGGCGACAGCGAGUAGAUAGGAGGUCUAUUUUCGAUCCACACGGAAGACGCCGAGCAUGAUGACGAAUGCCAACUUGCCGACAGUGGGAUCACCGAUUUUUGCUCACCAACCAUUCGCGAGUUUGAUGAAGAAUCCACCUUCAACGGCUGAAUCAUUUCCAGGGCCCGAAGAUUGUCUGGCAUCUAUAAAAGCGACUGAAAAUGAGAGGAAGGCAUCAAUCACCCCCGGCUCUCCUUUCCUUCCCCUCUAGACUUGUAUCGCUAUGGUCCAGGAUAUCCUCCGCGACUCGACCAUUGGCCAAGUCAUCAACUACAUUUCAAGUGGCCGUAUCUUUCCCUACGCUGACCAACGACCCGACUUUGAGGUUCCUUCACAUUUCCUCCUUCCAUCUCAAAGACCGUCGACAAUCGUGUCCCCAGAUUCUGACGCGACAACACUAUGCGGUGAUCUAGAAAAGUCUAGAGGUGCAUCGACACCGGGAGUACAGCUCACGAGGGAGUCUACUCUGGCUGUGGGUAUCGACACGGAGAAGCAAAAACAGAUCGAUAUUGCUCUCAGCUCCGACCCGUACACAGUAGGAUGGUAUGGGGACGAUGACCAGGAGAAUCCAAGAAAUUGGUCUCCCGCGAAACGCGCUUUUGUCGCAUUUAGCAUCAGCUUCUUGACCUUCAGCGUGUAUAUCGGCUCAGCCAUCUAUACGCCGUCGAUUCCUGGUCUGAUGGCUGACUUCAAUGUCUCUCAAACCAUGGCCACUCUUGGUCUCACGCUGUACAUUCUUGCAUACGGUAUCGGCCCCAUGUUCUUAGCGCCCCUUCAAGAACUUCCGGGGAUAGGUCGUAACCCGGUGUACAUGGCUACACUGUUCCUAUUCGUCAUCUUCCAGAUACCCGUCGCCGUCGCCAGAAACAUGAGUACGGUUCUAGCGUUCCGAUUCCUCACCGGGUUUGUCGGCAGCCCUGCGCUCGCUACGGGAGGUGCAUCCAUGGCGGACAUCUACCCUAAGCAUCAAUUCCCAUACGUGCUGGGUAUCUGGGCACUCGGAUCUGUCGCUGGUCCCAUUACUGGUCCAGUCAUCGGAGGAUUCGCAGCACAGGCCAACGGAUGGAGGUGGCCUCAGUACGAACUCAUCUGGAUCGCCGGUUUCGCGCUUAUCUUCCUUCUUCUGCUUCUGCCCGAGACCUACGAGCCAACGAUCCUGUUGAAGCGCGCGCAGCGGCUCAGGAAGCUCACAGGGAACCAGGAGUUGAGAUCCCAAAGCGAGAAGGAUAAAGGGGGCGAAUCCCUAGGUGAAGUGAUGCAGGAUGCGUUGAUCCGACCCUUCAUCCUUGCCAAGGAGCCAGUUUUGAUGUUCGCAAACGUCUAUCUUGGAUUUGUCUACGCUAUCUUUUACCUGUGGUUCGAAGCUUUCCCGCUUGUAUUCGUCGAUAUCUACCAUUUCAAUCUGGGCGUCAGCGGCCUGCCAUUCCUUGGAUUCGUUGUAUCCGGCGCCAUCACUAAAUAUCACAUCGCACCUAGAUUUGCCAAAGCUGAAGCUGCAGGCGUCGACAUUGCACCGGAGAUCCGCCUGGAGAUUGGAUUGAUUGCGAGCAUCUUCAUCCCGACUAGUGUUCUCAUUUUCGGGUUCACCUCGAAGGAGAGCAUUCACUGGAUCGCUCCUAUAAUCGGCGCCGCCCUCUACCUUCCCGGCAUCUACCUCACCUUCCAGAGUAUCCUGACGUAUAUAACGUCAGCGUACCCUACCUACGCCGCAUCGGUUCUCGCUGGCAACGACCUCUUCCGUUCCGCCAUCGCUAGCGUCUUUCCACUUUUUGGACGGGCAUUCUUCGUCAACCUCGGUCUGGGUCCAGCCUCUGCCCUACUCGCUGGUGUCUCUUUCCUCAUGAUGCCGGUGUUUUGGUCAUUGUGGAAAUGGGGACAUGUCUUGAGGAGACGGUCCGUGUAUGCGGCUAGCCCAUAA